AUGGCAUCUGCGGGCGACUCCCGAGCUUUCUGGAAGGAUGAGGAGAUAGUGGUGGAUAGGGACGGCAUUCCCCACUAUACUGGAGCCCAUCCGCAUCUGAUGCGGGGGUACCGCCCUAGAGUCCUCUUUGCCUACAGCAACCUGGAGGGAUCGGGAGAUGACGAAGCCAAGGAGAAGAAGUCGCUUGAAAAGAAGCGCUCCCGAUUCGCUCGGAAGCUGCUGGACGCUCUUCAUGGGGAGGCCUUCCGGACCUGCCAAGACCUGCUUCUGGAGGCCGACAAGCUGAAGGAGCCGAAGGGACAUGAGCAUAUUCUGAAGGCCCUCAUGCAGAUCGAGAAAGCGGGCGUCAUCCGGAAGACCGAGGCCUUUGACCAGUUCUUCGAUAGGUGUUUCCGACGCAAGGGCCAGACAGUGGAUAGCUACUUGAGGCAAAGGAAGCAGGACUGGGCCGACCUUCAGGACAUUGCCGAGGGAGUGCAGAUGAGUGACGACCUCCUCGCGUACUUCACCCUGAAGAACAUAGGCUUGUCUCGGGAAGACAAGCGCCAGAUUCUGUCUGCUAAGCGAAGCUUAGCUUGA